AUGCAGCCCUGGACGGCCGAGCCCCGGGGCCCCGCGCCCGACGACGACUACUACUACUACUACUACGAUUACUACAACGGCAGCGGCGGCUCGACGUGCGGCGGCGAGGGCGACGAGGCGGAGGACUGGCAGCUGUCCUAUUCGCUGCUGCCCCUGCUCUACGCGCUCGUCUUCGUGCUCGGCCUGUCGGGCAACGGCGCGGUGAUCGUCACGCUGUGGCGGGCGCCCGGCGCCGGGCGGCGCCCCUCGGACGCCUACCUGGGCCACCUGGCCGCGGCGGACCUGGCCUUCGUGGUGACGCUGCCGCUGUGGGCCGCCUACACGGCGCUGCGCUUCCACUGGCCCUUCGGCGCGGCGCUCUGCAAGCUCAGCAGCUACCUGGUGCUGCUCACCAUGUUCGCGGGCGCCUUCUGCCUGACGGGCCUGAGCUUCGAGCGCUACCGGGCCGUGGGCCGGGGCCCCGGGGCCGUGGGCCGGGGCCGGGGCCGGGGCCCCGGGGCCCGGGCGGCGCUGGCCGCGCUCUGGCUGCUGUCCGCGGUGCUGGCGCUGCCCGCGCUGCUGCUGCGCGACACCCGCGCGCGGCCGCCCGCCAACCUCACGGUGUGCGACGUGGACUUCAGCGGCGUGGCGGCCGCGCCCGAGCACGAGGUCUACUGGCUGGGCGGCCUGAGCCUGGCCACCACGCUGCUGGGCUUCGCGCUGCCCGCGGGGCUCAUGGGCGCCUUCUACUGCCGCGUGGGCCGCGCCGUGCGCCGCCCCGUCGGGGCCGCGGGCCGGGGCCGGCGGCGGCGCCUGCUGCGCCUGCUGGCCGCGCUCGUGGCCGUCUUCGCGCUCUGCUGGCUGCCCUUCCACGCGCUCAAGAGCCUCCACGUGCUCGGCAGGCUGGGCGUGCUGGCGCUGCCGUGCCCCGCGCGGGCUCUCGUCGUGCGCCUGCACCCCUACGCCACCUGCCUGGCCUACGCGAACAGCUGCCUCAACCCGCUGCUCUACCCUCCACACCUUCUCCCCCUCCCCGAUUCCCCUGCCUUCUUUCUAAGGGCAGGGCGAUCUAGUCACAGUAACACAGUCGUAGAGCUGAAAACGAAGUCAGAUGUCAUCGAGUCCAAAUCCCCUCAUUUUACAGCAGGGGGGAGGAGGCACGUCAAGCGGGUGCUUGCAUGUACCUUAAAACAUGGACACAAUAACAGAGGCGGCGAGGCUUGGUGUGGCCGGGGAGCUGGCCUCUGGGUCCGAAGACCUGGACGCAUUUACUGCCUCAGGCACAGCCUGUCGGAGCAGGGCGCUGUGACCCUGGGCCCAGCCCGUUAA